AUGGUUGCCAUGGAAGGAGAAAAUGUGAGUUUCCCCAGCACAAUUGUGUUGCUGGGCUUCUCAGAUUAUCCAUGGCUAGAAAUGCCCCUCUUUGGAGUUGUCCUGGUCUCUUACAUCUUCACCCUGAUGGGGAACAGCUCCAUCAUCAUUCUUUCCAUGGUGGAUCCCAGAAUCCAGACCCCCAUGUACUUCUUCCUGGACAAUCUCUCUGUGCUGGACUUUUGUGUCACCUGCACCAUUGUGCCCCAGCUGCUGGACAACAUGUGGGGGCCAGAGAAGACCAGUUCCUGGGGCUGCAUCACCCAGGCUUACCUCUUCCACUGGACAGGAUGCACUGAAUGUGCCUUGCUGGCAGUAAUGGCUUUAGAUCGCUAUGCGGCUCUCUGCCAGCCCCUCCAGUACACUCUCAUCAUGUGGCCACGGGUGUGUGUGCAACUGGCAGUAGCUGCCUGGUCCAGUGGCCUGGCCAACUCAGUACUCCAAGCUACGCUCACUCUCCAGCUCUACCACUGUGGUCACCAUUCACUCGACCACUUCUUCUGUGAAGUACCUGUUCUGAUCAAGCUGGCCUGUGGUGGCACCACUGUUAAUGACCUGUCCUUGGCUGUGGGAGCCAUCCCUUUUGCACUGAUGGCUCCCCUGCUUGUGUUAAUCUCCUACACAUUCAUUGCCAAGGCUGUGUGGAAGUUACCUUCAGCUAACAGGAGAUACAAGGCCCUCAGCGCCUGCAGCUCCCACUUGGUGGUUGUCAUCAUGUACUUUGGACCAGCCAUGUACAUGUACUUCCAACCUUCUACCAAUAGCACCCAGGUCAAAUUCAUGUCCUUCUUCUACUGUGUUAUCACCCCACUGCUCAACCCACUCAUCUACACCCUGAGAAACAAGGAUGUGAAGAGAGCAUGGAAAAGGAUCCUACAACCCCAGAGUGAGGAUGCUAUUUGA